GUCAGCCCUGUUUCGUGCUGGGCUGGUGGCGUCCCGGUCCCCAAGGGUCAGAGCCCUGCUCCACGCCAGGAUUAUGGCAUCCUCAUCCCCGUGAGUCAGACCUGCUCCACGCUGGGGUGAUGGCAUCCCAGCCCCAAGGGUCACAGCCCUGCUCCGCCCCCUUUCUCAGCCAGAAAUAACUUCUGUCCCGAGGCUGGACCUUGGCAUUGGGCUGGAGCCCAGCACGGCUUGGGGCGAGCAGCAGGAGCCCAGGGGGGCCCUGAAGGGCCAGCAGAGGCCAGCGAGCGCUGCUGGCUGCAGCUUGGCUUCGGCCUCAUCCCCAGCACAGCAGGAGAAGCAUCUUCAGUGCCCCAGGAGCAUCUGGGGUAUCCCCGGGCCAGCCAGACAGGAUCCAUCCCCCUCCCACAGAGCUGCCCCAGGAGCACAUCAGCAGGUGAUGGCCAUCAUGAGACCGGGCCCUGAAGAUGGUAAGGGGGUGCAGGUGUGCCACUAGCCCCAGGACAGUGCUGCCCUCCCUGCCCAGAGGCCAGACCCAGCUCUGGUUGAGGCCACUUGCCCUGUUUUUGCUGGAACAGUGCAUGCACAGGGUGGGAGAGGCUGCUUGAACCUCUGGAGCUCCCUGGCAUUCCUCACACUGAGGAAACGCCAGUCCCACAAAACAGAGACCCCAACGAGGGGAUGCACAGUCUGUGCUGCCUUGGGGGUCCCCAACACUGCAGCAUCCUCAGCUGUAGCUGUGCUCUCCCAGCCUCCCCAGAGCCCCAGCUGGACCUGGGCAAGAAGAUGAGCACGACACACGACCUGAUGAUCGAGGAGCUCUCCCUGCCCAACAACCGCGGCUCCCGGCUCUUCCAGCAGCGCCAGAAGCGGGUGCAGCGCUUUGUCCUGGAGCAUCCCAGCGCCUCCAGGCAGCUCCCAGGGCAAGGGGCAGGUGGCUCCCACCACACUGGGAAAGGUGCUCCAGAAGGAACAGUGAAUGAGCAGAUGGCCGGCGAGAAUGCUGAGGGCCAGAAUUAUCACUCUGAGCUCCAUGUAGCAGCAUCACCCCAAGGUGGCCCCCCAGAAGUACCCAAGAAGUCAGAGAAGGUCUUGCACAUGAGCAAAGUGCUGAACCCCAGUGCCCUGGCCCCAGGGUACUCGAGCCCCCUCAAAGAAAUCCCCCAUGAGAAGUUCAAUGCCACUGCCAUCCCCAAGGGCUACCGGUCCCCGUGGCAGGAGCUCUUUGGUGACAGGGACAAUGCCGUGUGUGGCAAGAACCCGCCGCCCAUGAGACCCCCUGCGUGGGACUUCAGGAGCUUCAACAGGACUCCGGCCCCGUUUGACAGGGCGUUGGUUGGUGAGCUGUUCUCUUUGCCCACCGUAGAGCUGGACAACCUGAGCGUGCUGGAGGUGAUUUCCCACAGGCCCAACUUCAACAGGGUGGCCCAAGGCUGGGUGAGGAUCCUGCCGGAGAGCGAGGAGCUGUAGGAUGUGCAUUCCCUUCCCCACGGCCACGGAUGGAUCCCUCACUGGACUCGGACACGCUCACAAGGGAGGGGAGGGGGGCAUUUAUCCUUCAUGGAAGCUCAGCUGGUUUGGGUUGUCAUCUUCGAGUGGGGUUUGAAUGAGCUCGAGUGUGGGACCAUUCUGAAUUCCCCCUGCAGUCAGUGCCAAGUCCUCGCUGUUAACCCAGCAGAUCCCCGCAAGCUCCCGUACAAAACACCCCGUACAGCCUGUCCUCUUCCCUCCUCAUGGAAAACAGCAGCACCACCAGCUGCAGCACACCAAAGCUGCCUCACUGCAUCCUCACUGGCACGCGAGACCUGCUCGGACAGCUGGUGCUUCUGCAGAGAAAUUCCAUCUUCAGGACAACUCUGCCUCUGUCAUUCCAGUCAGGACGCAGAGAGGAGGUGAUAAUGGAAGAGCAGUAGCAAAACAAGUUACUUGAGGCACUGGCAUGUUUAAAGCAGCUACCUUGAGCUUGGCUGGACAAGAAAAACAAAUGAAGGAGUGGAAAUCUACAGCCACAAUAGAGGGGAGAGGAAUGCUGGGAGUUGGGAACUUGUGCUCUGUUUUCCAGAAGCUACUGGCUAGCACUUGGCAGCUAUUUCCCCCUUCCUACAGCUCUUUGCAUGUCUUGCUUGAACAUCUAAUCUAGGCUCGUUGAGUGACUUAUGACAGAUUUGCUUCAUGUAGUUGGUCAAUGAUCAGGCCUGACCUGGACCUGCUGCCCUGCAGAACCACACAGAGUGAGGAUGCUGCUGGGGUGUUUGGGAACUUCAACACCAGUGGGAAGGAAAAGCAGCACGGCCGUGCCUCCAAAGCAAGCACAGGCUUCCCUGGGAACGUGAAAAUCAGCCAUGAGGAUCCAACUACACCAACAUUUCCAGCAGUGACACACAGUGGGACAUGCAGCAAACAGCAGCCUACAGCCACCAGAAUACCUGGGGAACCCCAUUCACAAAAACCUCUGACUCAACACAGGCUUCCUUCAACUGCUUUUGUCAGGUUCUUAACGUUUUCCCUUCUUAUACUCCCAAAAGCACCAGGAUAAAAGCUCCUUUUUCCACCACUGUGGUUAAAUGGGGCAAGUAAAUGUUGUGGUAAAAAUGCAGUUAGGAGCUGCCUCAUUUGUGAAGUUUGUAACGCUGUGCAGAGCAAACCCCACGCAGGGAUUCUGCUGCCACAACAUAUCAUUCAGGUGGGAAGCUUUCAUUACUCUGUUUCCCACAGAAGCAGGAGGGGGUGAGCAAAUGGAAAGAAAAAUGGUUUGUUCCUUAGAAACAAUAAAUCUAUGAUGCUUAACUGCUGCCCUGUUCCAAUUCCAUUUCUCCCCUCUUUGUCCAGCAUCUACAGAACCUAGGCACCCUGGGUAACCAGCUGGAAAUUAUAAAUAAACUGGGAUGAUGUGAAGCCUCCUGCAUGCCAAAUCUGUCACAGCACUCACAGGUCCUGGCUACAGACACUCUGGACCAGAGCAGUGACAAAUGCCACAGCCCUCUCCCAUCCACCAGCACGUCCAACACCACCCUGGGUGAGCUCUCCCCUGACAAAAGUGGAACUAAUUACCCACAGCCAAAGCCCAGCUCCUUCUCCAGAGAAAGCCAGCCCAUGGUGCCACAAGUGCUGCAUCUCCUCUGACAGCCUGGCAGGGCUGGCACCAUGAUGGGACCCAGUGGCACUGUACAGGACAGCAAAAGAAACUAAAAGUGGAUGUGCAUGACCUUGCCCAUGGAGGAUCUUGGCUGCGGCAGCAGUCACAUAAAAAUCAGACCAAGUCCUCAGAUACUGAGCUCCAGGAAGCUGGGUCAAAGCUUGGUGUUGAAAAAUACAAAUAUUUUUCAGUAGCUCUUGAAAAACAAGCAAAUGAAGCUUCAGAACAGGCCCCACACUGUUAUGAAGAUGUCCACAGAUCCCCUGCAUGAAAGCAGCUAAUAUGGAGAUAAACCUAAAAUCCUCCAGCCACAUGUACACAGACCUCACUCAGCUGCAGCUUCCAGGCAGGAUGCAGCUGCUCUGAGGCCACUUGGAGCACAGAAAGAAAAGUUUCACAUCUUA